AGUUGCGAGAGAGAGAUGGGAUCCUUGGCACGAACGGCCGAGCGCUCGCCGCUUGUCGAGGCGACGUUCGUCGUGACGCGGACGUCGGCGUGGCGCUUCUGGAGCCCGUUUAGCCCUAGCCACCGUUUCUUCCUCCUCGUCGCGACCUGCGGCGUCGCGUUCAGUGGCCACUUCAUUCGGAGUGGGAUGGCAGCCGUCGAGCAGCUCAUGCUCGACGAUCCAGCGUACCCGAUCAGCAACACGUUUUACGGUGCGCUCUCGUCGGCGGCGUCGUGGCCGAACCUGCUCUUGCCGUUUGUCGGUGGCCAUUGGCUCGACCGCGAUGGCAGCCGCUGCCUCGCGAUCUUUGUCGGGCUCAUGAUUCUUGGGCACACGAUCUUCACGCUCGCAAUGGCCCACCACAGCUACGGGCUCGCGCUUGCCGGGCGCUUCGUCUAUGGCAUGGGCGAGGGCAGCGUGUACGUUGGCGCGCGGGCGUUCGCCGCCACGUGGUUCGACACGACCGAGAUCACGUGUGCGAUGGGCAUCAUCGUGGCCAUGACCAACGUCGCGCGCAUGGUAGCCAAGUGGACGAUGGCUCCGGUUGCACUCUAUUUUGGCAGCUACGUCUACAGCUUUUGGUACGGCGACGUGGUGUGUCUGAUCUCGCUCGCCUGUGCGUGCGUCGUGAUCCACGCCACGCAGCGCCUCCAGACGCUGCGCGGAACCUUGGCCGUCGAGGACAUUGACCCGCGCCUGCCGUGGCUCACCGCCUUUGUGAGCCCACGGGUCGCGCCGCCGGCGCAUGGCAGCAAGCACGGACUCCUCUCGCGCGAGUCGCUCCGGCUCGUGGGCACACUCCCGCGCCUCUUUUGGCUCGUGCUCGCGCUGCAGAUCUUAUAUGUACAAAAUUUCCACUGGUUCCAAAACAUCUCGGCCAGCUACCUGUACCAAGUGUACGGCUACUCGCUCGUGCUUUCGGGUGUCCUCGCGAGUCUCUCCCAUGUCCUCGUCCUCACAUCGCCCGUCCUCGGCCUCAUCUUGGAUCGAACCCAUGGCCGAUUGCAUUACGUUCUCGCGUCGACGGUUUGCGGUGUCGUCGCCUUUGCGUGGCUCCUCUUUACACCGUACACGCCGAUCGUGACGCUGCUCCUCAUCUCUCUCUGCCUCACGGUCACACCCGCCGUCCUCGUUGCGGCGCUUGCGACCUCAGUGCCCCAAGAACGCUACGGUAUGGCGUUUGGCGUCCUCGAGGUCUUUGAUGCGCUUGCCAUGACGAUCGGCAACGUGCUCGUGGGGUACCUCCGCGACGUGACAGGCAACUACACGGCCGACGUCUACCUCUUCUUUGGCAUCUCGUGGGUCACGCUAGCACUCGGUGUCGCCUUAUUUGUGACCGGAACCAGCUCGCAAAACGUCAGCGCCUGCGACGACGACCACUUGGGCCUCGAGCUUCUUCCUGGAUCCACCAAGACGACCAAGGUCUAAGUACACAUGCGACGUCGCCUCGAUAUCAUGGACCGUGUGCGUGGCUGGCAUUGUUCACACGGCUAUUCAUUUUGCUUAUAUAUUUCACGACGACGACACACGUCGAUACUCACAGAUGCAACGCAGUAGCAUCUGCCUACUGCAAAUGCA